AACAUCAUCUGUCAGGUCCAGCUUAUUCCGAACUACCCCCAAAGCUCUGAUCCCCCUCGCGCUAGCCGUCUCUCUUUCUGUUCCAUCAACUCGUUUCCUGCAGCGCGGUUUUCUGGUCGCCGUUUUUUCUGUCGAACAUAGAGACCUAAGGUCCAAGUCUGCGCGGAGAUGGACCUGGACGCUGGCGACUCCCCGUGGGGCGAUGUCCCUUCGCAGUCGAUCACCAGCCAUGCUGAAUCGCAGCCCGAGAGCACAGAAGAGAACUCUUCCAACCAGACCACGACCCAGACUACCACACUGAGCGUUCCGCGCUCGCCUGCUCGACGAGGCCCCCGGACGCCGCGCAAGAUAAGCGCGCAGGCGACGAAGUUGGAGGCCGUGGAUGACACCGCUGACCCGUUGGGUCCCCUUGGAGAUAAGUCGCUCGAGAACAAUGAGGAGGCUCCCGUGCCCCCUCAGAAGGAACCUUUCGCAACGCGCAAUGUGCGGCCGGAUUCAUCUGCGUCGCAGAUUUCCAGCACAACCGGAAUGAUGGACUCCGUAGACCUCGAUGAAGAUGGGUUGGCUCGAGCGAGAGGACCACCACCGGUGCAGCCUCCGACGGACACGGAUGCUAAGAGGGCAACGCAGCCGAGUGUGAGUAUAGAGCAGGCUGCGAAACCGACAUUCGAUAUCACGGUCGGUGACCCGCAUAAAGUGGGCGAUCUUACGAGCAGUCACAUCGUGUAUCAGGUCCGAACGAAGACGACCUCAAAAGCCUAUCGCCAACCCGAAUUCGCUGUCAGCCGUCGAUACAGGGACUUCCUCUGGUUGUACAACUCUCUGCAUAACAAUAACCCUGGUGUCGUUGUCCCGCCCCCGCCGGAGAAGCAGGCUGUCGGCCGUUUCGAUACGAACUUUGUCGAGUCGCGACGAGCGGCUUUGGAGCGCAUGCUCAAUAAAAUCGCUCUCCAUCCGAUUCUGCAGCACGAUGGCGAUCUCAAGAUUUUCCUUGAGAGUGAAACAUUCAACCUCGAUAUUAAGAACAAGGAGAACCGGGAGCCAGACCUUGGCCAGAAUAAAGGCAUGUUCAGCUCAUUGGGUAUCUCUGUCGGUGGAGGAGGGAAGUUCGUAGAGCAUGAUGACUGGUUUCAUGACCGGAAAAUCUACCUGGACGCUCUAGAGAACCAACUAAAGGCGUUGCUAAAGGCGAUGGAUACAGUGGUUGCACAGCGCAAGGGGCUAGCCGAAGCAGCUGGUGACUUCUCGGCUUCUCUCCAUGCGCUGGCUUCCGUGGAGUUGUCGCCUGCAUUAUCCGUGCCUUUGGACAGUCUUUCGGAGCUGCAAUUGCGGAUCCGGGAGCUCUACGAACGGCAAGCCCAACAGGAUGUCCUGACUCUAGGUAUCACCAUCGAUGAGUACAUCCGGUUAAUCGGCAGUGUGAAGACGGCUUUCACACAACGGCAGAAGGCAUUCCACAGCUGGCAUGCUGCUGAGUCGGAGCUACAGAAGAGAAAGCAUACUCAGGAGAAGCUCCUUCGCCAGGGCAAAUCUCAGCAGGAUCGCCUGAAUCAGGUCAAUGCAGAUGUAGCGGACGCGGAGAGGAAGGUGCAUCAGGCAAGAUUGUUGUUCGAAGAUAUGGGAAGACUCAUGCGCAAUGAGCUCGAGCGGUUUGAAAAGGAGAAAGUCGAGGACUUCAAGUCUGGAGUUGAGACCUUCCUGGAGAGUGCCGUUGAGGCACAGAAGGAGUUGAUCGAGAUCUGGGAGACUUUCUUACUGCAGCUUGAUACGGAAGAUGGAAACCCAUACUACCAGCAAGCACCUCCCACAAGUGAUACCGCCGAGCCCGAUACUGUUACUCAAUCCCCCAGCACCGAAGCUGCUGCAACAACCUCCGAGCAGGAGGCAUGAAUGUGAAGACUUUGACUGUUUUUCUUUGAUGUAUAGCACCCACAGCAGCAUGUGGUAACUAGCCGUCUGUGAUAUCAUGUCUCCGAAGUUGCUCUUUUCCAAGCUAUUCCUACAGCCUACCAUACA